CAGACACACACACAAACACAGCAAGGGAGGCAAGAACAGUAUCAGCCAAACAUCACCACCAAACAGAACACCUUAUCUCUUCUGGCUGGAUACACACAUACACGCACGCACACAGAGACACACACAGAGAGAGAUUCACACGCAGAGGCAAGCAUACAAAAAUCUCUUUCUCUACUGGCUUCCCCGGAAGAUUUUGCUGGCUGUUUUUCAUGGAGAAAGUCCAAGGAGAAAUGGAGAUUGAGAGAUGGGAAAGAAACGAAGAGAUGUCAGAUGCAGAGAAAAAGAUGAUCCAGGAGACAUGGAACACAGUGUACGCGAACUGCGAGGACGUUGGGGUCUCCAUACUGAUCAGGUUUUUUGUCAACUUCCCAUCUGCCAAGCAAUACUUCAGCCAAUUCAAGCACAUGGAGGACCCACUAGAGAUGGAAAGGAGUCUGCAGCUGCGUAAACACGGCAGGCGGGUGAUGGGGGCUAUUAACAGUGUGGUGGAGAAUAUCUAUGAUUCAGAAAAGGUUGCCUCUGUUCUAGCAUUGGUGGGCAAGGCACACGCUGUCAAGCACAAAGUUGAACCCGUCUAUUUUCAGAUUCUCAUUGGCGUUCUGCUUGAAGUGCUUACAGAAGAAUAUACCAAUGAGUUCAGCCCUCCAGAGGUCCAGAGAGCCUGGGCGAAGAUGAAGAGUCUCAUCUGCACUCACGUGACGGCUGCGUACAAGGAGGUGGGCUGGGUGCAGUAUCCAAACUCCACCAUGAACCCCCAGGUGACGGCGGUGGCAGCAGCGGCUGGAGCAGCAGCAAAGUGACAGAGCCCCUCCCACAGACCUGAAAUGCUGUUUCUCAAAGAGGAAUAAACUGGCACCAGAACAAGAUGGCACCCAAGAGAACUACAUCUGUCUCCUUUAAUUAUCCCGUGUACAUAUUAGUGAGUGGAAGUGCUUUAUUGUUUCUAUAGCUAAGGCCAGCAAAGCUAUAGAACACCAGGUGUGCAUAAGCACUCUCCCUGAAGUAUAGGCAGGCAAAUUUAAAUCACGUACACUGUGACGGGGGGAGGGAAUAUCUUUAAUUUCCCCAGGGGGAAAAAGUUAAACCAAUCACGACUGUUAUAGUUCAUACACAUGUAUAGCUCUGGGGACUUACAGUGUUUGUUUGCCUUGCAGAGGACAUUCCAUCAAAUGACGCUGAGUUUGUUUGUUUCCACCUUUUAUACUAAAGUGACAACAGAAAGCUCUAGUAUUUGAACUCUGCAAGUACUUUUGUGCUCAUAUACCACUUGUGCGUAACUUUGUGCCCUUGUUUCAUUCAAAACACUAGUGAUGUGUGUGCAUAAGUGCUUGCAGGAUCUAGGUCCAGAAUUGUAUCCGCAUGAUCCAUUCACAUCCUUUCAGGAUACAUCCGAUCACAGUAAACUUAGCCUAGAUUUUGAAAUUUUAACUAUGGGUCUGGUUCUAGUCUUGUCCAUCAUUACUGCUUUUAUCUGCUGUUAACUCCUGUAGCCUGGAGUUUCUCUGGAAUUAUAUCAACAGUGUUUCCAAUUCUCACUGUUUUGUUGUGAGUCUUGUAAUACAAUCUAGUGUUUCCUCCCCUUUACCGAUCCAACUCCAGGAGUCAUGAGAUUACAGGAGAGCCUUUCAAGGAGAUUUAGCCAAAGCCUGAAGAUGUAAAGCAAGUGCAACCAAAAAAAGAAAAAAAAGAAACCAAAACAAAACAAAUGAUGUAUCAAAAGAAUAUAUCAUCAGUGUGUGCAUUUCUGGACAUCUACUGAUGCCUAAGAUAUUGUACUGUGGAUAUGUGGGUGUGAAGCAUGAGUUUUAGCCCAUUCUAAAACUUGGCUUUAAGUCCCACUGAGUUCCAUAGGGCUUCCUUAUAAAAUGAGUGUGUAUGAAUGAGUCUUUGUUAUACAUUCAGGUUAUGAUCUCUAUUGGCAGUUAUAACUGAGUAAUUCUCAUGGAAGUGGAUGAGACUUAUACAGUCUAAACUGUGCAUACGAUCACAACUUUAGAGUUGGCAAUAAAGCACCAGGAUCAGAUUAAUAGAAUAAGAAUUUUUAAGGGUUUUUUUCCUUUUAUUUUACCAUGACUCAGUUUGGGAUUACUUCUGGUGUUGAAGAAUUCCAGAAAGAAGAGUUGUCACCUGGACAGGAACCAAUAAACAAAACCACAGAAUUGUUAGUUACCACAUCUUUAACAGGCACUUGAUCUAAGGGACAGAGAUAAGUAUUGUAGUUCCUAAUGACUGUGGUUGGAUCCACAUUGCCAUAUAAUGCAGUCAGUAUUUGCAUUAUAUGGUCGGUGUAGGCCAGUGGUUCUCAACCUGUGGGUUGCCAGAUGUUUUGGUCUUCAACUCCCAGAAACCCUAACAGCUGGGAAACUUGCUGGGAUUACUGGGAGUUGUAGGCCAAAGCACCUGGGGACCCACAGGUUGAGAACCACUGGUGUAGGCCCAUAUAAUGCAGUUUAACUGCAUUGAACUGCAUUAUAUAAGUCUGCACACUGAUCAUGUAAUGCAGCUUCAGAUUGCAUGAUAUAACAGUAUAGAUCCAGCCUGUGAAAUCACUGGCUCUGAAGGCACAAGAACAGGGACGUUUUUUAAAAAUACGGUGUUUUUCUUUCUUUUUAAAAAUCUCUAUCAAAUGUACAUCAAUCAGCUGGAAAAUGUGUAUUUGCAUGGCACUUUCAAAAAAAUUUAAAAUAGCAUUAUUCAAAACCUGUGAUCUUAGAGAGGUUGAGAGCUGAAACAGAUCUCGUAUUAAAUGAUAACCAUAUACCAUAAUCUCAAAAUGCUUUAAAAUUCAUUUUCAAAGCAGAAGAAAACAUUAUUUUUGGAAGAGAAAUUACACACAGAAUAACUGACUAGCCUUUGAAGCAAUACUUUGGAAUUCAACUUUCCAGUCCCUGUGAGUUUCAGUUCAUAACAAUUUCUCUUGGCUUCUCUCACUGUUUUAAUGAUUGUGGGAAAAGCCUGACUGUUAGAUUUCAUUUGUAUUUCGUACAUAGAAAUCAACUCUCUCUCGCUCGCUUUGUUUUUCUCUCUCAAUAACUAAAUUGGCUUUAUUAUAAAUGAGGAACAGACAAGCAUAAAAGAAAAACGAAUAUACUGCACUGUGUGUGCAUUAUUAUUUCUCUGUGGAAAGCCACAGAUGGGAAAUUAAAAACAGUGGAAGGAAGCAGAGUUGGUACCACCAGAGUGUAGAAUUGGGUGGUUAGCAGAAGAUGCCGCUAGUCUUUACUGACUCAUCCAUUUAACUCCAUUCCUCCCAAGCCUGUUUUCAACUGUAAGGAUCCCUCGGGGCAGGAAGCUGUUCAUCAUUUGGAUUGUCUGUUAAUAGCCAUGCACAAAAAAUGGCACUGUGUAAAAAAAUAAAUAUUAAUACAUAUUAUUUACCCGUGUAUUUUAUAAAAUAGGCUUUUGGUGCUAUGAAAAGUGAUUUGUGAAUGUUUCUUCCUAAUCGUACUAAAUCCUCUUGUUUACUAUCCAACAUACUGGCUGAUCCCUAUUGUAAUUUUCCUCUGUAUUAUUUGUAUGACUUAUGUAUGCUGUCAAUAUGCUGUCUUGUGGUUUUCUUUAAUCUUUAUACAUCUGUUCCUUGUUA